GAGCGACCAUAGUACCUAUUACACUACUAUCAUGGCAUCCUCACUUCCUCUCAAAGUUACACCUGCAUCGACGCCAGCAAGGUCGGUGACAAAUGGCGACUUCUCUAAAGCAAAGUCACCAAACCCGGCUGCUGCCCCAGCUCCAGGAGAAAUAUCCAGUCCUCAUGAGCUGACUGCUUUCGUGGAGACACUUCUGGAACAGCUUGACACCAAAUUCGAUGAUAUGUCCUCUCAAAUUUUGGACAGAAUGAAUCAGAUGUCCGCUCGAGUGGAUGCCCUUGAGGCUUCAAUACAAGACAUUAUCAAUGGAGACGUUACUACACCUAUAGUGUCGCAGGCCUCAACGCCCCUUCCGGGGCCAAACGGCGUGAGAAGAAGUGGCAGCGGUCUUCAAUGA